AUGCCGCGGGUACUUCUCGACCACGACGCCGUCACCCUGCAAGAGGGAAGGCAUAUCGCCGCGCAAGUCGGUGACAAAUUAAUCGAGCCCGACUCGGCGGAAUUUGUCACCGGAGACGUGGACCACAUCACCAUUUAUCGUUCAGCGGGUUCCAACGUUGAUCUUCGAUGUAUGGCAGAUGUUGACUUCGGACCAGACGAACAGGUUAUCCUACAGCAGAUUGACCCUGCCACCUACUGUUUAAUUGGUAUGAGAAGUGGAAAGGAAGCCGAAUUUAAGGACUGA